UUCUGGUUUUUAAAUUGACAGAGAUAUAUUUUAUCUAUAGUUUUUCUUUCUCCCAGGUCAAAAUUAAAAUGAAGUACAUUUUAGUUACUGGCGGUGUCAUGUCAGGAAUUGGAAAAGGAAUCAUUGCCAGCAGUGUGGGCACAAUACUGAAGUUAUGUGGUUUACAUGUAACGUCAAUUAAAAUUGACCUGUACAUUAAAAUUGACGCAGGAACGUUCUCUCCGUGUGAGCAUGGGGAAGUUUUUGUGUUGGAUGAUGGUGGGGAAGUAGACCUUGUGGGUAACUAUGAGCGGUUCCUUGACAUCCACCUCACCAAGGACAAUAAUCUGACCACUGGAAAGAUAUACAAGCACGUCAUUAACAAAGAACACAAAGGAGAUUACUUGGGGAAAACUGUCCAAGUUGUCCCUCACAUCACGGAUGCAGUCCAGGAGUGGGUAAUGAGACAGGCGUUAGUUCCUGUAGAUGAAGAUGGCCUGGAACUUCAAGUGUGUGUUAUUGAGCUCGGUGGAACAGUGGGAGAUAUAGAAAGCAUGCCUUUUAUUGAAGCUUUCCGUCAAUUCCAAUUCAAAGUGAAAAGAGAGAACUUUUGUAAUAUUGUCGUCAGUCUAGUCCCUCAGCCAAGUUCAACAAGUGAACAAGUUCAGGAGAGGAGUAAACCCACUCGGGAUAGUGUUCAGACACUUAGAGGACUUGGACUUUCCCCAGAUCUGAUUGUGUGCAGGUGCUCAGAUCUUCUUGAAACAUCAGUGAAAGACAAAAUAGCGAUGUUCUGCCAGGUUGAACCUGAGGAAGUCAUCUGUGUCCAGGAUGCCUCAUCUAUCUACCAAGUCCCCUUGUUAUUAGAAGAACAAGGGGUUGUAGAUUAUUUUCUUCGAAGACUCAAUCUCCCUAUUGAGAGGCAGCCACAAAAAAUGCUGAUGAAGUGGAAAGAGAUGGCUGACAAAUAUGAUUGCUUGCUGGAGACCUGCUCUAUUGCCCUUGUGGGCAAAUACACUAAGCUCCCCGACUCAUACUCCUCUGUCACUAAAGCUCUAGAGCAUUCCACCCUGGCCAUCAACCACAAGUUGGAAAUCAAGUACAUAGAUUCUACAGACCUGGAGCCGAGCACCUUACACGAAGACCCCACCCACUACCACGAAGCGUGGCAGAAGCUCUGCAGUGCUCAUGGAGUGCUGGUUCCAGGAGGGUUUGGAGUUCGAGGAACGGAAGGAAAAAUCCAAGCAAUCGGCUGGGCUCGAAAACAGAAAAAGCCUUUUUUGGGUGUGUGCUUAGGAAUGCAGCUGGCUGUGGUUGAAUUCUCAAGAAAUGUGCUGGGAUGGCAAGAUGCCAAUUCUACAGAGUUUGACUCUAAGACAAGUCACCUCGUGGUCAUAGACAUGCCGGAGCACAAUCCCGGGCAGAUGGGCGGAACCAUGAGGUUGGGCAAGAGGAGAACCUUGUUCCAGACCAAGAACUCAGUCAUGAGAAAACUCUAUGGUGAUCCGGAAUUCGUGGAGGAGAGGCACCGCCACAGAUAUGAGGUAAAUCCAGUCUUGAAAAAGUGUUUGGAAAAGCAAGGCUUGAAGUUUGUUGGCCAAGAUAUGGAAGGAGAGAGAAUGGAAAUUGUGGAGUUAGAAGAUCAUCCUUUUUUUGUUGGGGUUCAGUACCACCCUGAGUUCCUGUCAAGACCUAUCAAGCCUUCCCCGCCCAAUUUGGGCCUUCUCCUGGCCGCGAUAGGGAGGCUCUCACAUUGCCUCCAGAAAGACUGCUGGCUCUCGCCCAAUGAUGAAUAA